AUGGCUUCUCUUUCAGAUAUUCUUGUGUCUGCUGCAAUUAAUAGUUCGUCCGCUUUACUAUUUCUUGUGGCAUUUGCAAUUCUACGGCUUCAACCCAUCAACGAUAGAGUUUACUUCCCAAAAUGGUACCUCAAGGGAAUAAGAGACAGUCCAACUAGUUCUGGAACUGCUGUAAAGAAAUAUGUCAAUGUGGAUGUCAAAAUGUACCUAAAGUUCUUGAAUUGGAUGCCUGCUGCCUUAAGAAUGCCAGAACCUGAGCUAAUUGCACAUGCAGGACUUGAUUCUGCUGUGUAUAUUCGAAUCUACCUUCUUGGCUUGAAAAUAUUUUGCCCUAUCACUUUUCUUGCAUUUGCUGUGUUGGUACCUGUCAAUUAUACUGGAGAGAAUUUCGAGCAAAUGAAAGAGACUAUGAAAGAUCUAACAUACAGUAAUAUUGACAAGCUCUCAAUAUCGAAUGUCCCUUCUGGAUCAAAAAGGUUAUUCGCGCAUAUAGUAAUGGCUUACGCCUUCACCUUUUGGACAUGCUACGCUCUUUACAACGAAUACAUGAUUGUAACAAAAAUGCGGCUGCAUUUUCUUGCUGCUGAAAGACGUCGUCCUGAUCAAUUUACCGUUCUUGUGAGAAACAUUCCUCCAGAUGAUGAUGAAUCAGUCAGUGAGCAUGUUGAACAUUUCUUCUGUGUUAAUCACCCUGAUCAUUAUCUUUUACAUCAGGUAGUGUACAAUGCAAAUGCUCUUGGGGCUAUGGUGGUAACAAAGAAGAGUUUACAAAAUUGGCUUACCUACUACACCAACAAGUUCGAGAGAAAUCCUAAUAAAAGGCCAACCACCAAGACAGGUUUCUGGGGUCUUUGGGGAAAAAAUGUCGAUGCUAUUGAUUUUUAUACGGAACAAAUCGAGACUCUAACAAAAAAAGAGGAAGCAGAAAGAGAAAGGGUGUUAAAUGACCCAAAAGCCAUUGUCCCGGCAGCAUUUGUUUCAUUCAAAUCACGAUGGGGUGCAGCUGUUUGUGCUCAAACACAGCAAUCACACAAUCCCACCAUUUGGCUCACAGAUUGGGCUCCUGAACCACGUGAUGUUUACUGGGACAAUCUUGCCAUACCAUUUGUGGAACUAAACUUCCGAAGAUUGCUCAUGGCUGUUGCUCUAUUUGGUCUUACUUUCUGUUUUAUGAUCCCUAUAGCAUUUGUUCAAACCCUGGCCAAUAUUGAGUCAAUUCAGAAAGUUUUCCCUGCUUUGAAACCUGUUAUUGAAAUGGGAUCAGUCAAGUCUUUUAUCCAAGGUUAUCUUCCUGGGAUUAUACUAAAGAUAUUUCUCAUUCUUCUUCCAACAAUUAUAAUGACCAUGUCGAAAAUUGAGGGAUAUACUGCAUUAUCAGCUUUGGAGACGCGUUCGGCUGGGAAAUAUCACUUAUUUUUAUUUGUGAAUGUGUUCCUUGGAAGCAUCAUUACAGGAACCGCUUUUCAGCAACUUAAAGAAUUCAUGAAUCAGUCCCCUGCGGAGAUUCCUAAAACUGUCGGUGUGUCGAUCCCGAUGAAAGCCACGUUCUUUAUUACAUACGUCAUGGUAGAUGGUUGGUCUGGAAUUGCUGCAGAGAUCCUCAGAUUGGUUCCGUUAAUCAUUUUUCACUUGAAAAACGCAUUUCUGGUGAAAACAGAAAAGGACCGAGAGCAGGCGAUGGACGCUGGUUCCUUGGGUUGGGCAAUAUCCGAGCCCCGGAUACAGUUGUACUUCUUGCUUGGGCUAGUGUACUCAACUGUCACCCCUUUACUCCUCCCUUUCAUUGUUGUAUUUUUCGCCUUCUCCUAUCUGGUUUUUCGCCAUCAGAUUAUCAAUGUGUACGAUCAGAAGUACGAGAGUGGUGCGACGUUUUGGCCUGAUGUUCAUCGGCGAAUAAUCAUCGGAUUGAUGAUUUCACAUAUUCUGUUCUUAGGAUUGCUGAACACGAAAAAGGCAUCUAAUGCAACACCUUUCCUGAUUCCUCUUCCUAUCCUGACAUUCUGGUUCUUUAGAGUCUGCAAGGGCCGGUUUGAAUCCGCAUUCAGACGAUUCCCACUAGUGGAUGCAAUGAGAAAAGAUACACUAGAAAGGGCGACCGAACCACAACUUAACUUGAAACUGUAUCUCCAAGAUGCAUAUGUACAUCCGGUUUUCAAGGGUGCCUGCGAGUUUGAGCGACGACCGAUGGUUGAGGAAGAAGAGGAGGAAAAUCAGCUAGUCGCAACAAGACGGGGUUUGCAUAGAGAUCAUGUACAAGGAACUCAAGAAGACACUUCUCAGGACAGAAUCGGUAUUUCCGCAGUUUGAAUUGGCUCGGUUUCUUGAUUUCCAUGAUCCUAAAUCGUUUUGAAUUUAUU